AUGGAAAAUUCUUCCAUUGAUCUAUAUGAUUUAAAUAAUAUAACUAAAACAAAUAAUAUAUUACAAAAAGAAUCAUUUCCACCUGAAGGUUGUUUUGAUGCUUACCAUCCAAUAAUUAUUCCACGAUUCUACCUUGUUUGUGUUGCCGGAUUUAUUACAUCUAUUAUUAGUAUUAUUGAAAAUUCUUUUUUAUUCUUUCUUUUUGCUAAAAAAAAAAGUAAUCGUAAUCAUUAUAAUUUAUAUCUCAUGUUAAUUGCCAUUAUUGAUGUUUUUAUGGGAAUCUCAUAUAUUUUACUUAUGGUGGUAAAUGUUUCUGCAGAUUAUUUCCAAUCUCUUACACUUCUACGAUUAUGGUAUUUUUAUGUUAUUCCAAUGAUUACAGUUUCACACGUAGCUAUGACAUCUUCAGCAAUGUGUAUUUUAGCAGCAACAUUUGAAAGAUACUGCAUUACGGUUAAUGCUAAACAAACAGAAUUUGUCAAAAAAAAUCGCGUUUUUAUUGCUUUAGGGAGUCUUGUUAUUGCUAUUUUUAAUAAAGGAAGUAUGUAUUUUGAAUUUGAUAUAAUAACAAAUGAAACUUGUUCUGGGACAAUGAAUGAAUAUGCAAUCAUUCCAACUAGCUUAAUUGAUGCUCCUCUUUAUGUUAUUUUUAGAGUAUGGUGUAGAAAUAUUGCUACUGUUUUUCUACCAUUUUUUGCAUUAGCAUACCUUAAUGCUAGAAUUGUUAGAGCAUUAGCUAAGCAACAAAGACUUGAUUAUUGUGCAGACUUGAUUUUGGCUAAUUCAAAGAAUCAUCCGGAUAAGGAAAAAAGUCGUCGUAAAAUUUUAACAAGAAGUGCUACAAGAACAUUAGUAUUAGUCGUAAUUACUUAUUUAAUAUCAAAUGUCGUAAAUGUUAUUUUAACUGUUGGUGAGUAUGUCAACAAAUUACAGUUACAGACAUAUUAUACAGAUGCAUAUUUUAUUUUAUUGGAUGCCUCCUCCUUGUUAUGUGUUUUAGCUUCUGCUCUACGUUUUCCUAUUUAUAUGACUUGUCAAUCACAAUUGAGAGAAGAAGUUUUCAAUCUUUUGAAGCAUAAAUUAAGAAAAGAUAACUUGAUAGAUGAAAGCAAUAAUAGUACUAAUAGCAAUAAUAAUGGAAAUGUUCAAUUAUUAACAUAUAAAAAUGAUGAUCUAACCAUUAGUGUUAGAAUGGACGAUAAUGUUAAAUCAACCAUGGAUUUUAAAAAAGAUUUGUUAGUCAAAUACCCAUCAACUGAGGAAGAUAACAAUGAUGAGAAAAUUGUUAAUAGAAAAGUAACCAAAAUAAAUGUUGUUGAUAAAAAUAUUAUUAAAGAUGAUAAAAAAUUAUUAUGGAAUGCAAAUGAUUCUAUAAUAUGUCAACGUUUAAAAUUAUCUGAAGGAAAUGACUUUCUUCAAAAUAUAAUUUUUGGUGAAUGUCAAAAAGAAAGUUUAUUGUAA